GAUUAAUACAGAACAUAACAUAAGUAGGCACGGGCUGUAUGAUUGUCUCGUACAUGUGUGUCUCUCAGCAGCAGCAAAAGCUUGAUGCCUUGAUCUAUCUUUCUAUACACACAUCUCUUUCUAUCUCGAUCUAUACAGCUAGGGUUUCUGUUUUUUAAUCACUAAUUGAUUGUGUUUCAGAUCUACAAUUCAGGGUAGUUAUUUGGCAACAUGGCUGGUCAGAAUCAACGCCUGAAUGUUGUUCCUACUGUUACAGUGCUUGGAGUUAUCAAAGCUCGCCUUAUUGGUGCCACAAGGGGUCAUGCUCUUCUGAAGAAGAAAAGUGAUGCUUUAACAGUGCAGUUUCGUGCGAUACUAAAGAAGAUUGUCUCUACAAAAGAAGAAAUGGGAACAAUCAUGAAAUCUUCUUCUUUUGCUUUAACAGAAGCCAAAUAUGUUGCUGGAGAGAACGUCAAACAUAUUGUCCUAGAAAAUGUUCAAAAUGCAUCUAUUAAAAUUCGAUCACGUCAAGACAAUGUUGCAGGUGUGAAACUUCCCAAGUUCGAGCAUUUCACUGAAGGAGAGACGAAGAAUGACUUGACUGGAUUGGCGAGAGGUGGCCAGCAGGUGCAAGCUUGUCGUGUUGCCUAUGUGAGAGCCAUUGAAGUUCUUGUAGAGCUAGCAUCCCUCCAAACAUCAUUUCUGACACUUGAUGAGGCUAUUAAGACCACAAAUCGCAGGGUUAAUGCAUUGGAGAGCGUUGUGAAGCCCAGGUUAGAGAACACUAUAACCUACAUCAAGGGGGAGCUGGAUGAGUUGGAAAGAGAGGACUUUUUCAGGCUGAAGAAAAUUCAGGCUUUUAAGAAGAGGGAGAUUCAGAGACAACUAGAGGCUGCCAGAAAGUUUGCAGAGGAUCAGGCUGUUGAGAAGGUUUCAUUGCAGAAAGGAAUUUCAGUCAAUGCUGCUCAUAACUUGUUGACUGCAACUAUGCAGAAAGAUGAUGAUAUAAUCUUCUGAUGUGGAGGCUAGCAUAAUUGUUUCAUAGUGUUGUAAGACGUUUCAUUUUGCUUGUCUUGCGUAAAUUAUCUUCUAUGAUCAAUCACAUGUUUUGUUUCUUAAAUAAAAUUGUGAAACUAUUCUAUUUAUUGUAUCAUGACAAUAAUAAAUUGUAAUGUGGCUAGAACAAAUACUGCUGGUUUUGGAUUGA